UUCCUCUUAGGCAGAAAUUACAUUCAUACAGUUUUUAAGCGGUUUGUUGUGCGCGUGUAGACCGGUCGUAAUGUGGCGUAACUGUAGCCUGACGCGUGCGCUCGCGGUCGUCGCGAGCUGAACGUACAAAGACUAACCGACAAUGGAAUAACGUGGAAGUGAACGAGCGCGUCGCGUGGUGAUGGUAGCACUGUCGGCUAGCUAGCAUGCUAACAGCUAACAACAAUGAGCCAUAUUUGGCGCUCUGGCGGGCAAAAGUUAGAGUUUAAAGGGAAGGAUGUGUCCAUGGCAACUUUUUACAUUUCAUUAAAACGUUGACACCACGUGUGAAUUAUAUCAAGUUGACGGUUGUUGUUUGUUUUUUUUUUAGACACGCGUGUUACGUUACACAUAAUUGAACGAAUAGCCCGGUAGCUUUUUGUUUCUUCACUUCAGAAAGCGCUGCUGCCCGCUUCUUGUUUCGACUUCUCGCUGCAAACAAAUCAACAGCUGAACAACGUCUUGCAUUAAAUAUUCCCAUUGUUUUUUUUUGGUGCUCGCAAAUUUCCAAAGUUUCCAGUUUGCUGACCGAAGUUGAGAAAAGACACACUGACGCCGAGUUAACGAUAGUAAAACGUCGUGUUGUGUUUUUUUGCCAUAACGCUGACCAACAGACAGACUAUGUUUGGCUUUCACAAGUCAAAGAUCUACCGGAGUAACGACGGCUGUUGCAUCUGCAAGACCAAGUCCUCCAGUUCACGCUUCACAGACAGCAGUCGAUAUGAAGAGACGUUCAGACUGUGUUUUGGGCUGUCAGAAGAUCGUGUUGGAGACAUCUGCAAUGCCUGUGUGUUGCUGGUGAAAAGGUGGAAGAAGCUCCCUAAUGGCUCCAAGAAGAACUGGAACCAUGUGGUGGAUGCCAGAGCUGGGCCGGGCUUCAAGGUGACAAAACCCAAGAAGAUGAAGAACAGCGAUGGGAAAAAGAAAAGCAAGCUAAAGAAGCUCCACAAGUUAAAGAGACAAACAGACUCAGAUGCCCUCAGUACAACCUCCAGUGUGUCUCCUGGGCAGUCCCCCAGCUACAGCAACCAGUCAGAUGAUGGCUCAGACAUCGAGUCCAAACAAAGACGCCCGACUCCCACCAUCUUCUCUUUCCUGGACCGUUCCUAUUGGAAAAGACAAAAGGUGUGCUGUGGGAUUGUCUAUAAGGGUCGAUUUGGAGAGGUGAUCAUUGAUCCUCGACUGUUCAAGCCCUGCUGCAGCUCCAAAAAGCAGAAGACACUGGCAUCCACACAAGUGGCCGCACGCCUUCCCGACACGCUUCCUCCACAGCUCCCAGAAGACGUGAAAGAAACCUGGUGAUUGCUUUUGUUAAAUCCCCCUGUAGGGUUAUCCAUGGCAUCCGCCUGGAUUUGUCUCCAGUGGAAGACCUCCCCAUUUUCACUCCUCCAAUUAUAUCUGUUAGCUAGAUGUUACUUUUAUAUGUAAUAUUCCUUUUUAUAUGCGUAUUUUUUAAAAUUUUGUAUAGAGUUGAUUUUCUUUUUUUAUAAAAAACAAAAAAGAAGAAAAAAACGUAUGGGCAUUAGUGUUAUUUAUAGGAUGAGAAUUUUGUCAAGGCUCUGUUUCUAAUUAUGAAUUAUUUUUGGUUAUUUUGUAUUACAUGAUUGACGUUUUGUAAAUAUUUUGUCACCUUUUCGUACAUAUCAAGACCGUUCUAUUUUUUACUUUAAUUUGUCAAAUUGCAAGUGUGCAUAUGAAAGACACCAGCUAUUCUAAUACCAGCUUUUUCUGUUUGUUGGAGUGGCCCUUCAGCAGUGUUUGGUCGUUUGUUUGAUCCAUGUGUGCAAAUGUGGGAGUCUGUAGGAUUUUUAGUGCACAAGUGGCUGUUGAUUACACCAGGGAUCAUUAGUAAAACUGUUAUCGUUAGAGAACUGUUCUCGAUUAAUUUAAUGAGCUUUUAAUGUGUGUCUGUGUGGAUGAGAACAAAAUAAUCUCUCUGACAUUUUCACAGCUUAAGCAUGCCACACGUUUGAAACACUCCAUGCAUGCAGUACAUUCCACUGCCUUUUGGAAUGACAAAAGUGAUUUUAUUUAUUUCUUUUGUACAGCCUCCAAUGAAAUGAAAAUGCAUGUUGUAAAGCAAAUGUUUUUUAAAAUGGAUUUUGUAAAUACAGUGCUUUGGCUCUUGGUACAUCCAACCCUCUUUUUUUAAAUUUUAUUUUUUUUAUUGCAGAAUGGCAAACCACUACUUCUGUAAAGAACAUUUUUGCGUGUGUGAAAGAUGCUUUACGCUAUUCACUUUUAGCACAUUGUCACAUCUAAUCUUCUCAAACGCAUUACUUUACAGGUGUGCAGAGCUGCAUCCUGUGGUGUGUUCAGAAAUGUGUGUAGAUUGCAGGGAAAGCUAAAUGCUAAACUGCAGCGUCAGAGUGCUGCAAUAUUCCUUAUCUGUUUGAUAAAGGCAUGCAGUUCUCAGAAGCUGAACAUACAGGAAAUACAUGACAUGUUUAACGGAUACAUUUUUGGCAGACAAAUGUUAGAGAAAAUGUGUUUGUGGUCGUCAUUGCUGUGAUUUAUCUUCAGAAGCAAUUGUCAAAGUUCAAACUAUGCAGACGUUUUGAAUGUGAGAAGUGCUCUUUCUGUCACUUUCGCUUAUGUAGCGUAAAGUGAUCAAUCCUUUUCAACCAAAUUGGCUUGUCAAAAGCAUCCAUUAUUUCAGCAAUAAUUUUACACUUACUAAUCCUAAUCACAAUUCAUAACUGUUUCAAGAUAUUUCUUAUGUGUGUCAUGUUAAAAUAAUGCUCAGAUUGCACGGUUUUAGCCAUGGUACAUACUGUGUCUCAAAUUAAUACUGCAGUGACAACGGUUGUUUUGUUUUGUGGUUGUUGUUUUUUUUGUGCGUUGCAUUAUUGCAGCUGUUUUCAAACUUCAUGAAUUGACAGGCGAUGCUCUGUAAAGUUGCUUAAUAUAUGAACUUUUCUGCGGCAGGGUAGUUAAAUGCUGAACAUGUUUUAUGAUUCUUAUUAAAAGGAGAAAUGCUGCUCCGUUUUUAAGAUGGGAAAAUAAGCUUGUUUUUGUCCUUAGGGAGUUGCCAUAUUAUUUUUUUUGAGAGGUACAUUUUGGGAUGUGAGAUGUGCCUUAAUGAAUUACCUGACCAUUAUGAUUAUCAUGUAAUUUAUAUUUAUUUAUUGCAAAACUUUUUUUUUUUAACUGAAUUUUUGAUCAUUUGUGUAGAGCCAUUCGGAAAGUCUGUUAUUAAUUUUGUGCACUUCCUUUGAACAUGCAAUGUAAAUUUUUUUUUAAUGCUUCUUUUGUAUACUGUACCACAAAGUAGAUCUCUGUAUUGUAAUAAAAAAAAGAAAGGGGAAAA